AUGCGAGCUUUUUCCUCGCUGGCCAGCUCCAUGAAGGUGGCGAUCGUCGGCGAAGGGGUCGUCGGGCUCAGCACGGCGCUCACAGUGCGCGAACGGCAUCCUAACGCGAAGAUCAACAUCAUCUCGGACCGCAAAUUCGAACAGGCCUGCUCCUACGGCCCGGCCGGGCUUUUUAGGAUCGAUGCCCCGAAGAACAAGGAAUACGGCCGCGUGACGUUCCAUCGCUUUGAGGAGCUUUGUAAAAAAUACCCUGGCAGCCGAACCGGGCUGAAGUUACUCUCCGGCCACAUUCAGUCGGACGACAAGGAAAGGCUGGCAUCUCAGGAAAAAUCGAUGGGCGACAUUGUCUACAAUUUCCGGUGGCUCACCCAACGCGAAAUUGACGGCAUGUGGGAGAACCCGAAUAAGUACGUAAUCCACUACACGGCCUAUGCGUCCGAGGGCUCGAUUUAUGUGCCGUUCCUGAAAUCGCUUUGCCUGGACAAGGGCAUCAAUUUUGAGCAUCGACCUAUUAAGAAAAUUGAUGAGCUUGGCAACGAGUACGAGGUGGUGUUCAACUGCGCCGGGAUCGACGGCGGCAAGCUGGCCGGGGAUGACGAUACGAUGGUGCCGAGUCGAGGCGUUGUGCUGGAGGUAGAAGCCCCGUGGCACAAGCACUUCAACUACCGCAACUUCGACACGUUCACCAUCCCGAAGAACAACACGGUGGCCAUCGGCACGGUGAAGGUGAUGGGCGACGGCCGGCUGGAGAUCACCCAGGCCGACCGGGACGACAUCAUGGCCCGCUACCUGAAGCUUCACUCGGCGAUGAAGGACGCGAAAGUGGUCAAGGAAUGGGUCGGACUACGCCCCGAACGCCCAGCCGGGGUGCGUAUCGAGCGUCAGCAGCGCGAAACGCCCAGCGGCCAGAAAUUUACGGUUGUGCAUAACUACGGACACGGGCCAAAUGGCUUCACGCUGAGCUGGGGCACGGCGCAGGCGGCUGCGAAACUGAUCGAGGACCUCACGUCGACUAGGAGCAAAUUG